CGUCCACCGACGCCCGAGGUCGCAAUAGCCGCGUGUUGUCGUGCAUGCGUGCAUGGACCGUGUGUGCUGACUGCUGCCGCGCGUGCGUGGUCGCCGCUAUGUGCAGUCGCAGGGGUCAGAUGUUGUCGCGCGCGCAUGGUGGCCAUCGGCCGCCGGGCGUGCAUGUUGCAUGUGCGCUGUGGACGCCGCUGCGUGCAGCUACAGAAUUCGAGCACAGCCGCCGCCUGUUACCCCCCACAUAUGCUGGCCGCAUGGGCGUCCAAGGCCAAUGGAGGUCGCCGCCUUCAGCUAGCCGUGCCGCCUUCAACGCCUCUAUCAAUUUCUCCACAAUGUCUUGCAGAUUAUUUUGUGUAUAUGCCUACAAGGUGCUCGAUGAAAAUCCAACUAGGCUACAGGGGAAGAUCACUUCCUUUUUAUGCUUUUCUAUGUACUCAAUAAUUCUUUCUUCUUUUCUGAAAUUUAGCUGCAGCUAUAUAGCCAAUGAUAACUUACAGUACAAUAUAUAUGGCUUGCACGUAUCAUAUAUCGCUUCUCUA